GGCAGCAUGGACGUGUUGCCGUUAUUGGAGGAUCACUAGAUUACACAGGAGCUCCAUAUUUCUCUUCCAUGGCUUCGGCUCGACUAGGCUGCGAUAUGAGUCAUGUUAUCUGUGAGCGGUCUGCGGCUACUGUCAUCAAGUCUUAUUCUCCGAACCUGAUGGUUCAUCCUAUAUUACCAAGUAGCGAGUCUGUAAAGGACCCCAAUUCGAUCGACGCGCCUAAUCUUGCUAGUCCCAUCGUGGCAAUGUUAUCUCGCCUUCAUGCUCUGGUAGUGGGACCGGGAUUGGGUCGUGAUGGGGUUACGCUGAAAGUGGUCACGGAAGUCUUGAAGGAGGCGCGGUCCCGCUCAAUACCGUUUGUCUUAGAUGCCGACGGACUGCUACUUGUCACGGAGCAACCGGAUAUUGUUAAAGGAUACAAGGACUGUAUCUUGACGCCUAAUGUUAACGAGUUCAGCCGUUUGGCCAAGGCGUUGAAUAUCGAGGUUCCUAGCAUGACGCAGAUCGAGUCAGAUAGCGGUGACAAAACGAGCCGAGAAACCGAAGCCUGUGAGAAAUUGUCGCAAGCUCUUGGUGGCGUGACGAUAAUCCAGAAGGGACCUCACGAUGUGAUCUCAAACGGUGUAACGAGCAUCGUCAACGAAGUCGUCGGCGGAUUGAAGCGCAGUGGAGGCCAGGGAGACACGCUCACGGGGUCGCUGGGCACGCUGCUGGCGUGGCGAGCGGCUUAUCACAACGGACUUUGGGACUCCGGUGAGAAGGAUAACCAAAGAGAGGCGCAGGGUAAGCAGGAGAUACAGGCCGAGCUUGAGUCAGCGGACAAGAGAAUGUCCCCGGCAACAACCUUGCUGCUUGCUGCCUGGGCAGGCAGCGGGAUUACAAGAGAAUGUUCUCGCCGCGCCUUUGAGGCGAAAGGCAGGAGUAUGCAAGCCAGUGACCUCACUGAUGAGGUUCAUGAGAGUUUUCUGGAGUUGAUCGGUGAACCGGAUCAGUCGAAGAUGCGUCUGUAGACUUUCUUCAUGUCUCGCAAUAGAUGAAUUACGUUAGCCAUACAUCUUGGUUGCAGUCUAGAGCUAUAAAUAGUACUUUCAUCAACGACAACCAAUGAAGAUAAGAGUCAGUCAGGUGAGCAGAGCAUGGAGAGCCA